GGUUAUAAAUAUGAAGCGAGAAAACUGGUUUCCUACUACAGCCAGUUACCUCUGUUCAGCUCAUUUUGAAGAGAAAUAUAUGUACCACACAAAUGUCCAGAGGCGCCUUUUGUCAAAAGCAGGACCUACUAUCUUUAACUUUCCACCACAUUUACAAAAGCAAGAUAAAGUAUUACGACCACAACCCAGAAAGCGAUCUUUCGACAAUUUGCAAGAUAGUGCUGUUACAGUGACAUCAUUAGCACAAAUGCCUGUCGGACCCACAUCUGUUUCUGCUGACCACAAUUACUGUCUACCAAGCCCUAAGAAGUUGAAAACACAAUAUAACAGAGUACAAGCAGAGAAUGUGCGGAUAAAGCAAAUGAAGCAAUUUAGUGUACGACACAAAAGAAGAAUAGUGCAGUUACAGACUUUAUUUGCUGGUUUGAGAAGAAGGCUAUGUAGUUGAGUUUCUGAUAUGUUAAACAGUGAACAUGUAGUUGGUUUGU